AUGUUGGACUUCAACAAGUGUUUGUUCUUGAUUCUGUAUUUCAUCCAAUUCAUCCUUGGAACACUGGUGAAUGGUUUCAUAGGAUUGGUCAAUGGUUGUGGCUGGUUCAAGAGCAAGAGGCUCUCUUUGUUCGACCUCAUCAUCACAAUCCUGGCUCUCUCUCGGAUUGUUCUCCUGUGGAUUCUCUUGAUUGAUGGUAUUUCAAUGGUGCCUUCCAAAGCAUAUGAACACAAUAUAGGAAAGCAAAUUCUUGAAAUUAUCUGGACAUUUACAAAUGAUCUAAGCAUUUGGCUUGUCACCUGCCUCAGUGUCCUCUACUGCCUGAAAAUCGCCAAUUUCUCCCACCCGACCUUCCUCUGGCUCAAACGGAGAAUCUCCGGGAUGGUAGUGUGGACGCUGCUGAGUGCAGUGCUCCUGUCCUGUGCCAGUGCCUUGUUUCUGAUCCAUGAAUUUAAGAUCAUUGUUGUUACCUCUGGAACCAAUGAUACAGGGAAUAUCUCUGAGUACUGCAGAAAGAAGAGUUACUAUGAAUUGGUCCAUGGUCUUGGGAUGCUUUGGAACCUCCCUCCCCUAAUAGUGUCCUUGGCAUCCAACAUUCUGCUCAUCCUCUCCCUGGGGAGGCACAUGCAGCAGAUGAAGAAAAGUGGUACUAACUGUAGAGAUUCAACCACGGAGGCCCAUAAAAGGGCCAUCAAACUCAUCCUCUCUUUCCUCUUUCUAUUUCUACUUUAUUAUCUUGCUCUUCUGAUGGUAUCAUCCAGCCAUUUCCUACCAGGAACUAAGAUGAUUAAGAUGACUGGGAUAAUAAUUAAAUUAUUUUAUCCUUCUUGCCACUCAUUUAUUCUCAUUCUGGGACAUAAUAGACUGAAGCAGGCAUUUGUACAAAUGCUCUGGCAUAAAUCUUGUCCUCUGUAG